AAUCUACCUGUCAAUGCAGUCAUUUCUCGUAAAACGGCACAGUUGACGGUUUUGUUGAGCGCAAACUAAAUAAUUCUUAUUGUAGAAAUUAUUUGGUGUUGGAAACGACUCAAUCGUUCAUAUAAGUCACAAAAUAUUUACAAUAAAUUGAAAACACCAUUUGUGAAUAUCGUAAUUACAUUUAAAUGCAAUUAAACGAAAAUAACAAAUAGUUACGAAACGACGAGUGAAUACGUGCACUGAAAAUACAUGAAAAAGAAAUUGUGUAAGAUAACUACAUAGAGCAAAGUAAUUGGGGGAAUAAAAUAUGGCGAUAGCCGGAAAAGUCUAAUAAAAUAGUGUGCAUACAAAGUAAAUAACGUAUAUUUAUUAGUUAUCUGUCAAAAUUAAUAAAAAGUUGUGUGUUUUUAUGUAAAAAAAUCGAUUCCAAAUACAAAUAAACUUCUGAUUUAUUUUUGGCAAUAUAUAAAAAUACAAAAAGUUCAUCCUGGUGGCGCGUGUUAAUAAUCAAACUCUUAUUCGUUCAAAGCUUUUUAACACAUGUGUAUGUAUAUUUGUGAGAUACUCCUGCGCACAAGACACAUCGCUACUAUGAAGACGGUUGGACGUUCGUAACAGCUCAGACAAUGGACAGUAUUGCCGGUGACUUAUUGGAAUACAUAUGUAUAUGGAAAUAAAUUUUUCAUAAAAUUGGAAUAGUUUGCUAUACAUAUAUCUCCACCACUGCUAGUUCUAAUUUAAAUUAUUUCUAAAUGUUAAUCUAUCGAAUUGAGUGUAAAUCCAAAUAGUUUCCUGUGUAAUGAUUUUUGGCGAACUAAAGUUUAAUAACUGGCUAUUUUAAGGUGAAAUGUUAUUUGCUAUUAGCAUGUAAUUUGCUAUUCGGGUUUGCAGUUCCGGGAGUGUAUAGAUUUCUAAUUAAAAAAACUGAUUUGCAUGUCUUAAAGUAAAUAAGAAAGAAAAAAAUAGUGUAAUUGCAGUGAAGAAUAUAUUACUAGAGUUGUUUAUACCUACGAGAUUCUUGAUUUAUUCUCGUAAUCUUACUCAGUUGAGUCUCGUCAUCACUGCUGUUUCCUUUCUCUAAUUUUUUUUUUUAAUUUUUUUUUUUUACUAUUUUUUUAUAAACAAAACUGCAACCGGUUUUAUAUGAUUUUUUAUUCACAUACAUACAUACAUACUUAUGCACCUUCCUAUAUGACUAAUUUUUCGAUGUUUGAAUAGCUCAGUGUACGAACGAAAAAAAACACAUUUGUAUGUACAUACAUGUAUACAUAAAACAACAAAAGUGAAAUAGUAAUAAAAGUGCUUGGAAAAUAUUGUAUAAGGUUUCCGCUAAAGUAGAAAAAUAAGCAAUUAUUAAAUAACCGUUUACUAACUCAAAUGGUGUAACACGAGAAAAAAUUCGAAAUUUGUUUGAGACUAAUCGAUCAACCUGAGGACGGGAAAAAUUAAAUCAUUUUGUAAACAAUACAUCAACGCUUUGAGAGCAGCAGAGAUUAAGCAAGUGCGCCAAGUGGCAGGCUGUCUGCUUGCCACAUGCAACACAGCAGCGGGUUAGCAAAGAUAUACACAUAACAAAUACAUACAUCAUGAGUCGUCCAUCACAUCAACGCACAAUGCCGCAACCGAAGCCGCCGAAGCAGUACCUUACCGAGCAGGAGGCAAUCGCUGCCUCCGAGCUCUUCGAUCUCUUCUGUGUCGCGACGACAAUGCGUCAAAUUUUGGGCUUGCAUCGCGACAUGUGCGAUAUAUUGGGUUUGCGUCCUUCACCGAUAAACGAAUUCUAUCCCAUGUUGAAGGCGAAGAUACGUUCGUGGAAAGCGCAGGCGCUGUGGAAGAAAUUCGAUGCGCGUGCAGCUCAUCGUGUUUAUGCGAAAGGAACAGCGUGCAAUGGCACGCAUGUGCUAGUCAUUGGCUCAGGUCCAUGUGGUCUGCGCACCGCCAUUGAGGCGCAAUUACUGGGUGCCAAAGUUGUUGUGCUAGAGAAACGCGAUCGCAUCACGCGCAACAAUGUUCUGCACUUAUGGCCGUUCGUUAUUACCGAUUUACGGAAUUUGGGCGCAAAGAAAUUUUAUGGAAAAUUUUGCGCCGGCUCCAUAGAUCACAUUUCGAUUAGGCAAUUACAAAUUAUUUUGAUGAAAGUAGCAUUGCUAUUGGGUGUUGAGAUACACGAGAAUGUGUCCUUUGAGCGGACAAUUGAACCGAGUGGUGAUGGAUUCGGUUGGCGCGCGGCAGUGACGCCUGCGGAUCAUGUGGUUUCAUAUUAUGAAUUCGAUGUUUUAAUCGGAGCUGAUGGUAAACGCAACACACUAGAAGGUUUUAGACGUAAGGAGUUUCGUGGCAAAUUGGCCAUUGCCAUUACGGCGAAUUUUAUAAAUAAGAAAACAGAGGCAGAGGCCAAAGCGGAGGAGAUUAGUGGUGUGGCUUUUAUAUUUAAUCAGUCUUUCUUCAAGGAGCUCUACGAGAAGACCGGUAUCGAUUUGGAGAAUAUUGUUUAUUACAAAGACGAGACGCACUAUUUUGUAAUGACAGCGAAGAAACAUAGUCUCAUCGAUAAGGGUGUGAUUUUGCAGGAUUUCUCCGAUCCAGCGGAACUGCUAGCGCCAGCUAAUGUAAGCACCGACAAGUUGCUUGAUUACGCACGCGAAGCCGCCGAGUUCUCCACCAAGUACCAAAUGCCAAAUCUUGAAUUCGCUGUGAAUCAUUAUGGCAAACCGGAUGUCGCCAUGUUCGAUUUUACAUCCAUGUUCGCCGCGGAGACAUCAUGUCGUGUUAUGGUGCGUCACGGUCACCGCCUGUUGCAAUGUUUAGUGGGUGAUAGCUUGCUAGAGCCCUUCUGGCCCACAGGGUCUGGUUGCGCGCGCGGCUUCCUCUCCAGUAUGGACGCCGCAUAUGCGACCAAAUUGUGGUCGAAUACACGUAAUAGUAUACUCGGUGUGGUUGCACAGCGUGAAAGUAUAUACAGGCUCCUCAAUCAAACUACACCUGAAAAUCUGCAACGUGACACUGGCUCCUAUACCGUUGAUCCGGCAUCAAGGUAUCCAAAUCUAAAUCGUACUGCUGUCAAUCCAUUGCAAGUUAAAACACUUGUGGAUUCAGAUGAUCCCAAAGUAUUUGAGCAACCAAUAGGAGAAAUUAUCACUACACCAGCUCUGGCUGAGGCGCCAGCGCUGCUACGCAAAGCGCGACGUAGUACAGACAUCGUGCCAGAAGCACUGCUUCAUUGGGUCUGCACUCAAUUGCACAUGUACGAUUUCGCUAAGGAUAUACAGGAACCUGCCGAUAUACUUAAAAAUGGAAAAUCACUAUGCGCCUUAAUAAGCCGAUUUCGGCCGGACUUAAUCGACUAUACAGCCGUACGUGACUUAUCAGUUGCUGAACGUAACGAAAUUGCUUUUAGAAUAUUAGAAACUGAAUAUCAACUGCCACGAGUUAUGAGCGGCGAGAAAACCGUCGAACUGGGAAAAGCCGACACUCGUCUCUGGUUACACUAUCUGAAUCAAGUGCGCGAACUAUUCCGUGGGGAAGUGCCGUAUUUGAAACAUCCGAAGAUGGACAUUACUGAAUUGCGUGAAAAAUAUCGUCUUAAUAACGCGCACGCUCAACCAGAUUUCUCAAAACUAUUGCAAUUCUCUACUAAACCUAAAUAUCCGAAAGCAAAAAGUCCCAUCGAGGAUAUGGUGGAUAUACCACAAGUGGUGCAGCGACGCUCAGUGUUGGAUGAGGAGCGUGUGAAACGCGUGCGCAGGCAUGAGCCACUGGCUGCUGGUAGUGCAGCAGCAGGCAAUUCGCCACAGCAAGGUCAAACUGACACACCACGUCGUGCAAAGAAGAGAAGAAACGCCGAAAAAGCUGCUAAUAUUGAAGAACGUCAAAAGCGUUUACAAGAAAUCGAGCAAAAUCGUCAGGAGCGUCAAAGUAAACGACGUCAACAACGUUACCAACAAACGCAGAAUUUUUACAAAAGUUUGCAAAUGUUACAAGUCAACACCUUGCUGCGGGAAACCGAUGAUCCAACAGCAUUCGAUGACUACUCAUUGUUCAUAUAUCGCCAACAGGCACCGGAAUUCAAUGAUCGCGUAAAGGAUUUGGAACGCAAACUGCUGUUUCCUGAUCGCAAUCGCGGAGAUAUACCAUCCGCUAUGCCUCGCAAUAAUCCCGAUGAGCAGUUUAGUGAUCGCAUUAAAUCCAUGGAACAACGUAUUAGCUCGAAGAAUGCCUGUGGCACUGAUAAGAAACCUAAAGAUUUAAUGCGUGCCAUUGGCAAGAUCGACAGCAAUGAUUGGAAUGUGCGCGAAAUCGAGAAGAAAAUCGAACAAUCGAAACGAACGGAAAUACACGGCCCCAAGGGACGUGAAAAAGUGCCGAAAUGGAGUAAAGAACAGUUCUUGGCGAGACAAAAUAAAAUGGCAAAGCCAACUCGGCAAGAGUCGGUGGAAGAGAAAUUCAAAGAGAUCGAUCAAACAUUAAAGAAUUUAGAUAAACAAUUGAAGGAAGGUUCAAUACUUGAGGUCGGUGAACGUGGUCGCAACAAGGUUGCCUCAAUUGCUGGGCAAUUUGUGAAGAAAGAUGAUAAGACAAGCGAAGAAAAUCUCAAUCCUGCCACAGGCAAUGUUGCGUCCAAACCAAGCGCCAAAGUUGCGCUGGCAUUCAAAAAGCAAGCCGCAUCCGAGAAGUGCCACUUCUGUAAACAAACCGUUUACCUAAUGGAGAAGGUCACCGCUGAAGAGCUUGUAUUUCAUCGUUCGUGCCUGAAGUGUCAUCAUUGUCAGACCAAUUUGCGCCCUGGCGGCUAUACGUUCGAUCGUGACGAUCCCAAUGGUCGCUUUUACUGUACUCAACACUUUAGAUUACCAGCGAAGGCUGUGCGGCCGGUGGCCAGGAAACCAGGUCAAAGGAAGCCCACUCAGCAACAACAAGCUGCUGCUGCAGCAGCUGCUGCUUCAGAGCAGGCGCUUACAGCUGGAGACGGUGCAAGCGGUGUUGUACCUCUGGCAGAUUCACUAAAAACACCAGAUAAGUUACGUGGACCUGCUGACAAUGUAGUACAGCUUGAUUUGAUGGAUCGUGGUCAAACGCCGGAGCGUAUUGAAUUCGAAAACACUGAUGCUAUGUCGGAUGGUGAACCCUCAGAGGAACAUAUAUUGGAUGAGCAUGAGUGGUCUGGUAGAAAUUUCUUGCCUGAAUCCAAUCAGGACUCUGAGUCCGAUCUCUCCAGCUCCGAUGAUACGGACAGUGAGUCCGAUGCUUAUAUGUUCGGUGAGGCAAAUGAUUCGCCGUUGGGUGCGCAAACCUUGCAAUUGGCCACCGAUUGGAUCGGCAAGCAGCAUUAUAGUGAUAGUGAUGAUUCAGACGACUUUUAUGAUUCAAGUGAUGGCAUUGCGGAUGAUGACGGUAAGGAUGAUACUGAAGCUGAAGGCGAAGAUUUUAAAAAGGCUCGUGAGCGACGCCGAGAGGAAGUGCGUUUAUUGCCACUACCCGCUAAUUUGCCAACUGAUACCGAGACUGAGGUUAAUUUAGCUGGUGAAAAUGAAAUUGGUGUUGAUGAUGUAGACAUGGUUGCAGCAGAUAAUGCAGCCGCUGAAAAGUCAGUCUCAAAUCAAAAUCUAAUUACAGAUAUUGAUAAACGUUCUGAAAAGUCUGAAGCCGAUUCAGACAAAUCAUUCAAAUCGGCGGAUUCAACGAUCGGUGAAAUCACAUCUCUGCCUGCAAAAGGCUCGUUUUUAACAUCACCACCAACCAAAGCUGACAUUGAGAAGUUGGAACAGAGCACGGGACGACGCUUUAGCGCUGAAAUUGAGGCAAUCAAUGAAAAAUUGCAUCGCCUGAACAGCGUGGUAAAAAUGAGUAAAGAUCUCGAGACCAUAGCCAAAGAGAAUUUGGUAAAGAGCGAUAUUCUCAAGAAGUUGACUAUGAAAGAGAAGUGGUUGGCUGAUAAUUCGGCAGUCGGUUCAAACUCACUAGCACCAAAAUCGGCAUUUGACAACCGAUUCGCACCAAAACAGGUUAUACUAAAAGAGCAGCAGAAUAAUAGCAAAACUCUCAGUACGAACGUUUUAUCUGACUGCAAUCAAUCGAGUGUAGCUAAAGCUGACAUGGUUUUGGAAGCUAUAAAAACCGAAAUAAAAUCUGAAAUUGAUAGAGAGGAAGCCAAAGCGGAUGCUCAAGCGAAAACCCAUCCCCCAAAGGCUACAUCACCUGAAGAAUUACUGGCGAGUUUAAAAGCUGAGAUUAAAUCUGCCGCUCUCAAUCGUCAGGGUAGUCUCAAAAGGCAACAAUUAAGUCCUACAGCCAGUCCUAGUGCUAGUAAAAAACUCAGUGCAAGUACAAGUCGUUCCAAUAGUUUCAAAGAGAAAGAACCAACAAAAAAUGGUGGCGAAGUAAGUCGAACAAACAGUCUUAAGCGUUCUGAGAAAUUCGUAUCAAAGAAUGAGGCCAUAACAAAUGAUAGUCGCAUGCAAAUACAAAAUAUUUUGGGCCUUGUAAAGAGCAACGAUAAAAAACAAGAGACCGAAACUAGCAAAGAUAAACCCCUUGGUCCGAAUAGAUCAAGUUCUGACAUGGGUAAAUUAUUUUACGAUGCUGAGAGUAAGUUCUCACCGAAAGUGGAUCGCCGUUUGAUGCAAGAGAAAUUGAAGGAAAUUGAAGCAAAGAGCUUCUCCGGUACUAUGGAUGCCAUAAAAUCGCAAAUGGUUAUGCCCACCGUCAGCGCACAGGCAAACCCAAGCGUCGAUCUUUCCAAAUACUUUCCCGAUCAGAAGCAGCAAAAAUCAAAUUCUGCGGCAGUGAAUAAAAAUCAAAAGAACUUGAAAGACGUUGAUUUGGCGAAAUAUUUUCCGAGCAGCCCUACCCCGCAGCGACGCAGUACGGUAGUUACAGUAGCUGAUAAAUUGAAGAAGUCGCAAACGGAGAAUGCCAUUGCACCAGCGCCGAAUAAUAAGACCACAACGACCGUUAAGCCGAACAAGCUUGCGCCUAAAAAGCAGGCAUCACUUGGUGAUGCCGGGUUCAGUUUGCGCGAUCAUCAAUUGGAUGGUGCUGUUGACUUGUCGAAGAAAAGCACACCUCUAAUACUUAGCAAAAGUGCUGCUCCGCUGAAAACGGCUUCGUCGACCACUGGCACGGCCACGGUCACAAAAACAACAGCAGCCACUGCUGCCGUGACAAAAAAGGGUAAUAUCAAGAUCAUAAAGAAAAUUGUGCCUAAAAAGAAAACAGCCGGUGGGAGUACAACAGCGAAUAAAGAUAAUAAUAAAUCCAUUGUGCCACGCGAUGAAACGGAUCGUGUACUCGAUGAGAUACUGCAAUCCUCCGAUAAGGAAAUGCAUUCGCCAAGCGCUGAGUAUUUACAGCUAUUCAAGGAGGAGAAGUCCCCCAGUGAAGACGUUUCAGAUAAGGUUGAGCGCAUCUUUCAGGAAACUGGUAUUGAUUUAGCCAUUGCCCAACGACCAAUGAGCGCCAAUAAAAAGCGUCUUUUGAAAACUAAAUCACUGGGUGAAGGUGAAUUCGAACUCAAUAAUGUUAAAGAGAAACAUCUGCAGAUGGACGAAUUGAAAACGAAAGAAGAUGGUGAUCGGCCCAUCGGAGUACAAGGUUUGCUGGCACGCUUCGAGUCAAUGAGUUCGGUCAAAUCUUCGGAGCAGUCCUUUAAGCUACGUCGUAUGGAGUCCAAUAUGAGCAAUUUGACUAAAUCACGUGAAUCAAUAAUAUCGCAUGAUUCUAUUAUGUCGCGUGAAUCAGACUCCAUGAGUGAUUUGGAGAAAACAAUGGAAUAUCUAAAAUCCGAAUGGCGUAACGAAGCAACCAAUUUUCUGCAGAACAAACGAGAGAAUUUCUUCUCCAAGAAACGCGCUAUUGAAGAAGAAGCAGCAGCUACUCAAAGCGAAGCACAAAAGAAAACCAAAUACGAGGAUUUGCCAGUGCAAUAUCGCGAGUCGAAAAUCGCCAAGUUCUUCGGUAUCAAGUCCAAUAGAUCCCCCGAAAAGACUAAAGCACACCCCCUUAAAACCAUAUCACCAGAAAAGAAGAUUGCUACAAAAACAGCGGCGACUGUGAAGAAAAGUAUGUUAAAUGGUGGCACGGUAAAAAAAUCGCUCUCUCCCAAAAAGCAAACAAAUAAAGGUGUGGGAAAAAAUGAUACAAAAACGCAGGCGCCAGCAAGUUUACAACUUCACACAAAAGAUAGUAAACGUAAGUCGCCGUCUCCGGUUAAAAAUGCAAAUGCAAAAAAGCACAACCAAAUAAACGGAAACGUCAAUAGCGCAACAGUCAAAGAAACCUCAAAGGUGCAAGUUACUCCAAAGAAGUCGAUUUCACCACCCAAACAUCAAAUGGAAGAUUACGAAACAACACUCCUAGUGGAGAAGGGAAGUAUGGCAAGCUCAGGGCUUAAGUCAAUACCUAUUAAUAAUAUGGUGGAUACUACGACUGAAGCAGCUACCGAAUUAAAAGUUAACGGCCAAACAACGACCCAGAUUCCGGAAACAACUGCGGAGCCGGAGACGGUUGCGGAACAUAUUAUAUUAUCGCAUCAAAACUCUACCAACUCUGAUACGUCAGCACCAACAACACCUGUUUUAAAGAGACGACCUUUAGUAGAAGAUAUACGAAAUUUGCCUAAAACUGGUUGCGAUAAAUCACUUAGCAAUUCUCGCCGUAAUUCCCAAACAAGCUUACAUUCACGACGCUGUUCGGAUGUUUCAUUGCAAGAGAAGCUUGACACGGCCGCUCUGAAGUUAACACAGAUUUCGUCUAACAAUGCCAAUAGUAAUGUGGAAGAGUUGUUUCAAAAUAUUGUGGAACGUUUGUCAAAUGAACAGACUGUGUGCACUCCUAGCGGAGAGGAGUGUGAUUCGCUGCGCACAUCGAUUAGUAAAAGUCCUAGUGCUGCGCCAACUACGGUGCGUAUGCGUGGAUCGUCCGAAGAUGAAAGUAUUGAAAAGCUAUUUAGUCAAUUCUCAGAUGAAAUGCUGGUAAACGUAGAAUUUGAUUCCAAUGAUGAAUUAAUAGGAAUCACACCACGCGUCCCUUUGCCAGGAAAAAGUGAGGAGAAUGAUGAUUUUGUGGAUAGACUAGAGUCGCUGGAAAAGGAUGAAGUAUCCAUGCCGUCGCUUCCUAUAGUUGUUGAAUCUGUACAAAUGGCUAGCGAGUGCGCAGAAAUAGCACAUGAAAAUGGAAAUACGAAAACAGCGACGGAGGCACAAAUAUUACUUGAAGAGACCGAUGGGAAUGCUCUGACCAACCCAACUGGUAAUAGAACAGGCCCACUAUCAUUAGAAUAUAUACAGUCUAUGCUAUAUAUGGAAGCACCUGAAACACCCUUCCCAUCACGACCGCAACGUAGACAGAAAAGUACUUCGUCUUCCAGUGAAACUUCAGUGCCCAUCGCUCCACAGCGGAUCAAGCAUAAAUUAGCAAAACUAAGACCCGAAAAUAUGCCGCCAUCAGUGCAGGACUUAAUGCAAAAUGAGUUCACCAAAAGUUUGACAGCUGAAUUGGCAGCAACUGGUGGCAUUACACUUCAGAAAUUCCCACGCAACAUUUCCGAAGAUGAAUUAGAGGAAAUCAGGGAAAACAGAGAAAGUACGAAUGGUUUUUCUAAGGAGAUCGUUGUUGUUGAAAGUGAUAAUCAAAAAUUCAAGGGCGCCGUAAUUAAUAAAGAUGAAGAACAGACUUUGAAUACUAGACCGCUAGGUUUGUCCCAGCCGGCGACGAAGACAAAAGAAUACGACGAUCCAGCCUGUCAAAAUUCCGUAAGCACUGAAGUGUCAGAUGUUGUAUUAUCUACUUUAGUACAAAAAUCUCCGAGCAACUCACGUAAGACUUCACUGGUGUCUGUUAAUGGGACAAAUAGUAGUAGUCCUCUUUCGGAACAUCCAGCUAUGGCGGUCUCCUCUAGCGCACCAGCCAUUAACGAAGAAAAGUCAAUACUCAAAGAGAGUCCACUCUUACCACGCAAGUUAUCUCCACCUGCAGUCAAUGCGGAAAUUUUGAGCUCUAAUAACUCUCCCGUUAUGCCACGGAAAACAUCCAUUUCAAAAAGUAGUCCAUUGCCACAACGUAAACUCUCACAAUCUUCCCUUAAUGACAGAAUUCAAUCUCCAAGAAGCUCUCCCAAGCACUCUCCUGUUACAAAAAGUAAAUUGUCGCACAUCACCAACAACGCAGUCGCCGAUUCCCCACUAAUGCAGUGGCGCUUAUCACAAGCAUUGGCUGACGCAGACGCUUCGACACCAACGCUUACUGACAAUAAAAAUGCUAUAAAUGCCAAUCAAAAUCAGUUAGAGACUGACAAUUUGAAGACUAAUAAAGAUAUGCUGAAUGCACCGACGUCAAGUAAAGCAUCAAGUAAGGAACGUUCACUUGAAUGGGACAUGACCAAAAUGCCAGCAAGCCCAAUGCCACGUCGUAAAUUCAUUCAUGCUGAACGUCGUGGCCUUGAGGAGGCAAGAAUCAAAGACGUUUCACCAACGAGCUCAAUAAAAAUACUAAAUAAUCUUUCGUCCAACAGUAGUGACUCCGAAGAACGUCGUAUAAUUGAAGAUUUCGAAAAGGAGCGACGUCAAGCAUUAAUACAGCGUGACAAAGAAUACCAAAAACUAGAGAGAAAAGAAGCUCAAAUUGCACAAAAAGAAAAGAACGUCCCAACCAGUAGUGUCAAUAACAGUAACAACAACUCUAAGGGCAACACUCCGCGUCCAACACCGUUAAGCUCACGACGUGGCACUCAGGACAGCAUUAAUAGUACGCAAAGAGAAUGUACACCACCAAACUUUAAGAAACUUGUCAUACCAACCGACACAGAAGACUUGCCUUCGCUAAGCUCGCGUUGCAGCUCAUUCGCAUUUAUAGAGUUAAUGAGUAAUGGCGAGGCAAGAGAAGCGCCGAUGCCACAGAAGUUAAAAAUCCCGCCAAAGCCACAGCCCAUAACAUUGCCACAGAUCGACGAACCCGUAGCCGAGGUAUUUCGAAACAGACCGUGGCCCAAACCCGACGGGUUCUCGCCAGAAAUGGAUACAAGCGACUCACCCGAUACUGUAAUCGAGGUGAAACGCGCCAAUUCAGAACCAAAGUCACCGGUCGCCGAAGUAUUCCGUAAUCGCAAAUGGCCUGAUGGCAAAACAGUUUUCGAUGAUAAUGCCGACCAGCAAGACUCGGACGAGGAAGAUUUUCUUAGAAAUUUGAAGCAUAAUAGAAGUAGAUAUAGAAAAAUGCAGUCACAUUCACCACAACCGAUGCGACGCAGAUUGACCAGCGAUGAAUUAAAUGAUGAAAAAAGUGCAUCAAAAUCAGUAUCAGACUUACAUAAAAAAUCCCCAAGUACGAGUGAAACUUACGAAUCUGAAUUGUUGCCUUUCGAUCUCGGUACGCGCUCAACCCGCUCAAGCGCUGAAAACUCAUCCACGCACACACCGCUUAGUGGCGCAGGACUUUCGGUGCCCAAACGUCCAACUCGACACGUAGUACCUGCAGUACAAACGCCCGAACAAUCGAUGGAUGCCAGUACAAGAAUGCUACUCGACCGCAGUAAACGCUUGCAUAAUCGCAAGAGCGAAUUCAUCAACGAACGUGCAGCUGAGCGUAAUCCCUAUUUACGUGAUGUGGUGAAAGCAGAGCGCAUAGAACGAGAGGCAUACGAUGCGGCCGAAGAGGACCUCGACUGUUAUCGACCAAAUAGCUAUAGGAGUAAUAAACCGCUGACGCGUUUUCCAACGUCGCGCACGCUUGGCCGUGAACGUAGCGGUAUAUCAAGUAGCAAUUACAAUUACGCAGCACCUGCUUAUGGCACCGACUAUGGGCUGAGUAACAAGCGCCUUUAUGGCAGUAGAACAUUACCGGGUAACACCAGCACAACAACAUCUCUAAACUACAAUCCGUAUAUUAGUGGCAGCAGUGCGGCCUAUGGCGGUAGUACACUGGGGCGCAACAUGCAUUUCAAUGACUACACGAGGCGUAGUCCUUCGCGUCAUCAUGAUCGUGAACACUCCAGAGAAUCGUGCGUUAUAGUCUAGAAGACAAAUAUAUUUUUAUUUUUUACUAUUUACGAAUUGCACUAAAUUUCCACAUUUAACAUUAGAUUUUGGAGAUAUUAAUACAAUGCAAAAAAAAAUGUACAAAAGGGAAAUGAAGGAAAACCAAGAAGCCUCUUAAAAAAGAAUGCAAUAAAAUUAAUAAAAUAUUCAAAUAAAAUUAAAU